AUGAGCGCUUCUGCAGUUAGUGCUGGAUCUGCCAGCAGAGCCGCCGGUGCCUACGCCGAUGCUGGCAGCAGCAACGGUUCUCACGCGGGCAAGCCCACUGCCGAAGUCGGCUUCCGUCCCCAGGCCAACAUGGCCGUCGUCCCGCCUCGCAAAGAAGACCUACAGAAGAGCUACGCCUCCAUUGUCGGUGACGACCACAACCCGGCCGGCUGGUAUGGGUCUAUGAUCAACUCCCUCGGCUCCUGCAUCGGUACCCUCGGUGCCGUCCCUUGCUGCAUCUGCUGCCCCAACCCAUACAAGAGCGUCGGCCAGGGUAAUGUCGGCCUCGUCACCAAGUUUGGCCGCUUCUACAAGGCUGUUGACCCCGGCCUGGUCAAGAUCAAUCCCUUGAGCGAGCGCCUGAUCCAGGUCGACGUCAAGAUUCAGAUCGUCGAGGUCCCUAAGCAGGUCUGCAUGACCAAGGACAAUGUCACCGUCCACCUGACCUCGGUCAUCUACUACCACAUUGUCAGCCCCCACAAGGCCGCCUUCGGCAUUGCCAACGUUCGCCAGGCCCUUAUUGAGCGCACGCAGACCACCCUGCGCCACGUCGUCGGUGCCCGCGUCCUGCAGGACGUCAUUGAGCGUCGCGAGGAGAUCGCCCAGUCUAUUGGCGAGAUCAUCGAGGACGUCGCCGCCGGCUGGGGUGUCCAGGUCGAGAGCAUGCUUAUCAAGGACAUUAUUUUCAGCCAGGAGCUGCAAGAGUCGCUUUCCAUGGCCGCCCAGAGCACCCGUCUCGGUGAAUCCAAGAUCAUUGCCGCCAAAGCUGAGGUCGAGUCCGCCAAGCUCAUGCGGCAGGCCGCCGACAUCUUGUCGUCUGCGCCUGCCAUGCAGAUCCGCUACCUCGAGGCCAUGCAGGCCAUGGCCAAGUCCGCUAACAGCAAGGUCAUCUUCUUGCCCGCUACCAACCAGACCAUGCCUGGCUCGCCCGCCUUCGACGCCGCCCUGCAGCCCGCCAACAGCGGCGAGACCGGCGAGCCGUCGCACUUUUCUGAAUUCGCAGGUCAGAACCACGGUUUCCAGUCCGCCGUCAACGCCCGGGUGAUUGAGAACAUCUAA